UGUGAGCUCUUUGCGCAAGUAUCAGCAUGGCGCUCCACGAGUGACCGGUGUAGUGCCUGUUAGGUGGAAAUUUGAUUAAUAGUUCAUUUUAGUCACAGGGGAAUAUUUCCCCUGCUGUUGGAACUUAAACUGGAAAUUGAGAAUGACCCGGUCCAAAAUAGAACUCGGUGAUGUCACACCACACAAUAUAAAACAACUGAAGCGCCUUAAUCAAGUUGUCUUCCCAGUGUCAUAUAAUGACAAGUUCUAUAAGGAUGUCUUGGAAGCAGGAGAACUAGCGAAAUUAGCAUAUUACAAUGACAUCGUUGUGGGUGCUGUGUGCUGCAGAAUUGAUACAUCAGAGAAUUUGCGGCGUCUGUAUAUUAUGACACUGGGUUGUCUUUAUCACUAUCGCCGGCUAGGAAUUGGUACGAAAAUGGUGGAACAUGUACUGAACUAUGUCGAAAAGGACGGAAAUUUUGACAGCAUUUUCUUGCAUGUACAAGUAAACAACGAAGGUGCCAUCGAGUUCUAUAAGAAAUUUGGCUUUGAGAUUGUUGAAACGAAAGAGCGAUACUAUAAACGGAUAGAACCUGCUGAUGCUCAUGUUUUACAAAAGACACUUAGACCCCAAUCACGAGAAGACAAGUGAUAUAACAAAUUACGACAGACUUUUAUCUGUGAAAUAUGGAAAAUUCUUUUUUCACAUGAGAACGAAGUGUUGUGAUAAAAGAAUAUCAAUUAUUUGUUGGAAUACUGGUCUGCAGUCAAACUUGAACAUUUGUGAUAAUGACAUUAUGGUUCCAGCUUGCUUCCAUUGUUCUUGUGUAGGUGUGAUAAUUCGAUUGUGUAAUGUUUUCUGCUCUCUGAAAGUGUAAAGUUUUGCUGUUUUAACAUACUGAGAAAUGAAAUUUCAUCACCUUUCAGUUUAAUAAAUUGACAAGUAAAGAACUGUAAAUUCGUGUAAUUUGUAAAUGUACAUAAAAUUUGUAAUAUUUUUAAGCCAUCCAAAAUGAUGAAUCUGUAUUAAACAUUUUCCUGUGUGGCACUCACA